AAAGGAGCCUCACUGCUUGUCCCAUUCCUCUCAGUCUGCAACUCGCCCCUUCUCUCUGUAUCAAUCUACAGUAGAAACGAUAGAUAGAGAGUUAGGAUCGCCGAUCAGCUCAUAAUCUGUACGAAUUUUAGUUGCUGAUCAAAUAUUUUUCUGCAUAUACUCACUCAAUCUGCCUCAACAGAUUUGCAGCGACGUUUGGCGGCGGCGCUAGUCUGAGAAACUUCCUGUUUCUUCUUCUGCUGUAUGUCAGAAGAUUUCGACGCGCAUUGCGGUGGAUCCGGUGAGCUCGACACCCAGUUGCAAUGGCCACAACUCAGAAAGAAGCGACGCGUCCCGGUCAAUUUGCUCAGGUAGCAGCUGUCCGCCGUGAGAAUGUUUCCGCCUCCGCCGCUGCUGAUUGGGGCGUAUCGCCUGCCGCUGAAGAUCUCCAGAGAAAGAACCUCACCUCCUUAAUCAGACCCGAUCCUGCUUCCAAAGCUACCGCGAAAGGGAUCCAGAUCAUGCUAAGAGCUGAAACGAAACAUCCUUUGGAACCUUUAUCUGCUGCUGAAAUCUCUAUAGCUGUGGCAACUGUCAGAGCAGCUGGAGCCACCCCUGAGUUGAGAGAUAGCAUGCGGUUUAUUGAAGUGGUUUUGUUAGAGCCGGAUAAAUAUGUAGUGGCAUUGGCAGAUGCUUAUUUCUUUCCCCCUUUCCAACCCUCAUUGUUACCUAGAACAAGAGGAGCACCUGCAGUUCCUACCAAGCUUCCACCAAGGCGAGCCCGACUAGUUGUCUACAAUAAAAGAUCCAAUGAGACUAGUGUGUGGAUAGUUGAGCUGACAGAAGUACAUGCUACCACUCGAGGUGGACAUCAUAGGGGAAAAGUCAUUUCUUCUACAGUUAUCCCUGAUGUUCAGCCACCAAUGGACGCUGCAGAGUAUGCUGAAUGUGAAGCUAUUGUCAAAGAUUACCCUCCAUUCAUAGAAGCAAUGAAGAAGAGGGGCAUUGAUGAUAUGGAACUAGUCAUGGUUGAUCCUUGGUGUGUUGGUUACCACGGUGAAGCUGAUGCUCCUAGUCGUAGACUUGCAAAGCCACUCAUUUUUUGCCGAAUAGAAAGUGACUGCCCACUAGAAAAUGGCUAUGCCCGACCUGUAGAAGGAAUUCACGUUCUUGUUGAUAUGCAAAAUAUGGUGGUAGUUGAGUUUGAAGAUCGUAAGCUGGUACCAUUACCUCCAGCUGAUCCACUGAGAAACUAUACUCCUGGUGAAACAAGAGGAGGGGUGGAUAGAAGUGAUGUCAAACCCCUUCAAAUCGUACAACCUGAAGGUCCUAGCUUUCGAAUUAGUGGAAAUUAUGUUGAGUGGCAGAAGUGGAACUUUCGUAUUGGGUUCACUCCAAGGGAGGGUUUGGUCAUUCAUUCUGUUGCCUAUGUUGAUGGUAGUCGAGGUCGGAGACCUAUUGCCCAUAGGUUAAGUUUUGUUGAGAUGGUCGUGCCCUAUGGAGAUCCCAAUGAACCACAUUACAGGAAGAAUGCAUUUGAUGCUGGGGAAGAUGGUCUUGGAAAGAAUGCCCAUUCUCUUAAGAAGGGAUGUGAUUGUUUGGGGUAUGUAAAAUAUUUCGAUGCCCAUUUCACAAACUUUACUGGAGGAGUUGAAACAACUGAAAACUGUGUAUGCUUGCACGAAGAAGACAAUGGAAUUCUCUGGAAGCAUCAAGACUGGAGAACUGGCCUUACAGAAGUUCGUCGCUCAAGGCGCCUCACUGUUUCUUUCAUUUGCACUGUAGCUAAUUAUGAAUAUGGAUUUUACUGGCACUUUUAUCAGGAUGGAAAAAUUGAGGCUGAAGUAAAACUUACUGGAAUUCUUAGUUUAGGAGCUUUGCAACCUGGGGAAGUUAGAAAAUACGGCACAACAAUCGCACCAGGACUGUAUGCUCCAGUUCAUCAGCAUUUUUUUGUUGCCCGUAUGGACAUGGCCGUUGACUCUAAGCCUGGUGAAAUGCACAAUCAGGUUGUUGAAGUGAACGUGAGAGUUGAAGAACCUGGAAAUGAUAAUGUUCAUAACAAUGCAUUCUAUGCUGAGGAAACUUUACUUAAAUCUGAAUUAGAAGCCAUGCGCGAUUGCGAUCCAUCAUCAGCCCGUCACUGGAUUAUAAAGAACACGAGAACUGUCAACAGGAGUGGACAACUGACUGGCUACAAGCUGGUGCCUGGUUCAAAUUGUCUGCCGUUGGCUGGUCCUGAGGCUAAGUUUCUGAGAAGAGCUGCCUUUCUGAAGCAUAACUUGUGGGUUACCCCAUAUGCACGCGACGAAGAUUUCCCUGGAGGAGAAUUUCCUAACCAGAAUCCACGUGCUGGUGAAGGCCUUGCUUCUUGGGUAAAGCAAAAUCGAUCUCUGGAAGAAACCAACAUUGUACUCUGGUAUGUUUUUGGAAUUACACAUGUUCCUCGUUUGGAAGACUGGCCUGUCAUGCCAGUAGAACACAUUGGUUUCGUGCUUCAGCCACAUGGAUUCUUCAACUGCUCGCCUGCAGUGGACGUGCCACCAAAUGCUUGCGAGGAAGAUGGAAAGGAGAAUGACGUGAAAGACAAGCCUGCUUCAUCUGGUCUGAUUGCAAAACUCUGAAGGGGUAUGAAUACCUGUGGCUGUUUCAAACACUUUCAAGACUUGCUUUCUCAUCAAGUUUCAAUUUCAGUAUUCUGCACAAUAGUUUGAUCAAACUUGCUGUGUCUGCAAAAAAUAAAAUAAAUUGGAAAACUUGGGUGAACUCUUUAAUUUGAAUUUGUGUUCUGUAUUUCUUGAUUUUGGGAUAGUACUACGUUUAUUAA